AUGAGUCUUGUCACAGUCCUUGUCUUCUGCUCUUUGUUCCUGGGAGUCAGUGGUGAUGGCUGGUAUUCAUUCUUCAGGGAAGCUGUACAAGGGAACAACUUUCCUUCCUUUGCAGGGACUUGGGACUUGUGGAGAGCCUAUCGGGACAAGCUAGAAGCCAAUUACCAAGAUUCAGACAGAUACUUCUAUGCUCGUGGGAACUUCAAGGCCCAACAGAGAGGAGCUGGGGGCAUCUGGGCUGCUAAGAUAAUCAGCACCAGCAGGAAAUACUUCCAGGCCCUCCUAAACCGGUACUAUUUUGGAAUCAGGAACUAUGGAUUGGAAAGCCUGCAGUCUACCCAGAAAGCGGAGGAAUGGGGCCGCAGUGGCAAAAACCCGAAUCACUUCAGACCCGAGGGUCUUCCUGAGAAGUUCUGAGCCUGUCACUGAGGUUGCACUCAGGGACUAGGCUGGGAACCACAUCCCUCUCCCCUCGAUGGGGUGUCCUGGUGGGAAGGACAUCCUAAGCCGCUCUGUGAAGCCUUCAAGGCUACCAGGCCAAACCAUACCCAGGUCGUGUGUUAGUAUGGCAGAAUUCAUGGCUGCUCUGGUUUAGUGUAGAAAUGGGGAAAAAAGAAACAGAUCACUCAUUCCUUGAAUCUAACACUACUCCACACUGCAUUUCCACAAUAUAUUCCUACAGACCACUGAGAAAUAAAUCUCAUGUCCAUGUUCUGUCCAAACAAAACCUUCAUUUAUUAACAAUGAAACAUGUUAUGUAAAGCCUCAUAAAUGACAAUCAAGUUACAUGGCUUAAAUAAUACAAUCAUUUGUUAUAAUUUAUAUUAGUGCUUGGCUUUCUCUUAUUACAGCUUUUUAAAAAUAAUUUUUAAAAAAUGUGUGUGUGAUGACACACACCUUUAAUUCUAUCAUUCAGGAGGCAGAAGCAAACAUAGGGCUGAGGAAGCCAGGUCUACCAGCAAAUUCCAGGCUAGCUAGGGUUACAAAGUAAGGCUCUGUUUCUAAUAAGAGAGGGACGGGAGUGGGAGAGGAGAAAAAGUGCAUCACUCAAUGAAAAAGAAAGGGGGGGGGCAGAACUCUUUUUGGUCACUCUCUUUAAAAAUUACAGAUAAUACAUUUCAGUGACUAGUCAAUAUAUGUAGGUUUAGAUUAGAAACUAUCAAAUAAAUAUUGGAAAAAUAUUUUAAAUUGAGCUCAAGUCAGUUAUGGGCAAUUUCAUUUAAAACUCUAGUUUGGAUCUUCAGUAUUACAUAUAUCAACAAAAACAAUGUCACUGUUCCAAGUCCUGACUCAGUCAUUUCUAGAAUGCCUCAUGUAAAUGUGGAAAGUACUGAACCCCUGUUCAUAACACUGUCUGUCUCCAUGUGACAGCUUCUGCCAACAGAGCUGCGCAGCAGAAAACAUUCCCUGACGCUCUAACAGCUCAGCCACCACCCUGUACACAGUGACUACCACAAAGCAGGGCCACUCCCGUGCUGCUUCCAGUGAAUGGCAGCCAACUCCUUCCAAAAGCCGGCUUUAAAGGGCUGAGAAGUUCUCAGGUCUCAGAGCCACGGAGGCCACGUGCCAAGCUGGAGAUGGCGUCAAGAGCAGCUGCAGCGGCAUGGCUCGUUCUGUUGGGCAUGGUUUGGGAUGUUCCCUUUCCUUCUGUGGCAAGGCCCUCUGAAGGCUCUAGAGCAGGAUUCCACGUGGUCAAAAUGUUAUCAUGCCUUGCCAGAUCUCCCACUAGGCCUGCUGUGACCAGAGGAACCGAUCACACUUCUCAAGCAUGCCUUGUAUCAGCGCUCUGAAAUUCCACAGAAAGAAACAAGAAAUUCAAUUGUUCUCAUUCUUAGUAGCAGAUUAAAAACUCUAAAUACUUAAGAGGAUUCAAAACACUGUUUCUGUGCUCAAAAGACACAGGCUGAAACGAAGAGAGUGGGCUGGGGACAUGAUGACUCAGAGAACUGGAAUGCUUGCCAGGCUGAGAGGAGGCCUCAAGCCCAGCAUUGGAAAAAAGAAAAGGAAAGGAAAGGAACAACAGAAUGAACAAGUACUCUGGAACGGGAGAGAAUGUAUGCAACUCUUGCCUGGCGAGAGGCAUUUAGACAUUUAGAACACGGCAGAGUUCCGCAACUAAACCAGCAACUCGAGCACAAAAAGGGCAACGGACUUGAAACUAAACCAGCAACUUGAGCACAAAAAGGGCAACGGACUUGAGUUAUUUCUCCAGAGAUGACAUCAAAACCUUAAGCACAACUGUUCAUCCAGCAUCAAUAGUCAUUAGGAAAAUGCAAGCCAGUUGAGCAGCUCUGACUCAAAACUCCAAAACUUUUAAAUGUAAAUAUUCUCAAAUCCAAAAAAUUCUGAAACUUGAAAUACUUCUGUUCCCAGCUACAUUAGAAUGGGAUACUCAACCUGAUGCUGUUAUCAUUCUACUUAGAUGAGGCAUCUGAGAUGCUCAAACUCAAUAGAAUGCAGAAUGGUGGUUGCCGGGUAUGGGAAUGAAGGCCUGUUUAAUAGCUCUGGUGUGUCAGUUCACAGAAGAUAUACUGGAAAUUGAUUGCUUAGCAACAUGCAUACACUAAAUAACUAAAUGUUCUAGACAGCAAAUUUCACAUGGUUUUCCUUUCCUUUCUUUCUUUUCUUUCUUUCUUUUAUUUUUUUUUUAAAGACAGGUAAUUAUUGCUAUCCAAUCCAGGGUGGCCUUGAACUGCUGACCCUCCUGUUCCCGCCUCCCAGUGCUGAGAUUACAGUGUGUUUGACUUGGUUUCUGUUGUUCCACCAUAUCUACUUUACCACAAACAGCAAGAGAGGAACUUGAAUAAAGUGUGUAUGCAUACACA